AUGGCUUUGUGGCGGCUCCGGUUCCUGGCCCGGAUUCUCAUUGCUGUUCAGAUUCUAGUAGUCCUCGUGGCUAUCAUUGUCCUAUCAGUGCAGCAAACCACGCGAAAUAAACCGACACCCUCCACCCCACCAUCACAUUCUCACUCUCAGAUACUCGCCGUCCUAGCCUGGGGUUUUAUCCCCACGCGCUGGACCUGGAUGCACGUCGGGGCUCUCACAGCACGGGUUGACAAUAUGAAAGAAUUCGUUGCUAUGGGUUUCAUCCGGUCCAUGCUUUAUUUAUACUUCGCUCUCAUCCCUUAUUAUGUUGUCGUCUUCAUCGUACUAGUUGUCACAACAGGGCUGAAUGCUGGUGCUGUUGUAAUGGUUGUUUGGUUGCCUUGCUGGACUGGGUUGGAGAUUUAUCGACGUAAGAGUGGCGUUAAGGAGGCUCUGGGGGUGGGGAUACGGUGGAUUUUCUUGCUAGGGAAUAUAAAGGUUGUGGCGCUUGUGAUGCUAGUGACUGCACUGAUGUAUUUUGUUAAGUUCUUUGAUGGGGUUGGGACGAGGAAGCGGGGUUGGAGCGAUGUCCUGGGUUAA